AUGAACAUUGAAGUCCGCAACGUCUCUGACACAAGAGCCACCAUCUCCUGGUCCACAAACAACCCCUGCCCCGAGAAUUAUUACCACGUCAUGUACCGUCCCAACUGGAACAGCGUCUUCGCAGGCUACUUGCGCCAGAACUUCCACCGCGAGGAGAGGGUCCCCCACUCCCUUAGCUCCCUGGUCCUCCACAGACUCACUCCCUCCACCGUCUACAUCCUGUGCGUCACAUGUAAAAACUCCUACCCCUCCAGCAACCAUUGCACAACGUUUCACACCCUCGACCAGCACCCGCUGGCCUUGCGCGGCUUGAAGCAGGAAUCUGCCACCUCCAUGUGGAUGGUGAGUAGCCUACUGCUUCUCUGCUUUACAGCCUUCUUGGUCUAUGGCUGCUUGCAGUUCUGGUCCUCCAGGUGCCACACAGUGUCAAGGCUGGGGCAGUACAGUGCCAACCCAGAGAGGGAAGAGGGUGAACAGACAAGCUCACCUGAGGGGACUCUGAGCACCAGAAUGAAGGAGGAGCUGUUGGAGGUCCCCAUGACCGCUGUCCUAAUGAGGAGUUCCAGUUUCACGACAGAGAGCCCGUAUAGGUCCCCCCACUGCUUCUUUCCAACCCAAAGCAGUGAUGACAAAAGGGCCAUCUUACCGCAGCACGGGUUCAAAUGA